CUGAUAGUCGGCCAAUUUUCCCACCAACCCCUGUUUCUCUCUCCCACCUCCCCUCAAUCAGCAUUGCAAAUUUUUCUUCCUAUUUUUUUUAAUCUUCUUAUUUAUAUAUUUCAACAAUUUUCUGGGAAAUACCCAAAAAAUCAAAUAAAUAUAUUAUUGGAGGAAAAAAAAUGGGAAAAAUGUUGAUACCCCAAGUGGGAAUUCUGGUAUUAUUGAUGAUGGUAAGUUUAGGAGAAGCAGAAUACAUGAAAUAUAAAGACCCAAAAGUUCCAGUUAAUAAAAGGGUCAGAGAUCUUUUGUCUCGGAUGACAUUGGAUGAAAAGAUUGGUCAAAUGACCCAAAUUGAACGCAAAGUUGCUUCUGCUGAUGUUAUGAAGAACUAUUUCAUUGGUAGUGUGUUGAGUGGAGGAGGCAGUGUGCCAGCACCAAAAGCAUCUUCAGAAGUGUGGGUGAACAUGGUGAAUGAAUUCCAGAAGGGUGCCAUGGCUACGCGCCUCGGCAUACCGAUGAUUUAUGGUAUUGAUGCUGUUCAUGGCAACAACAAUGCCUACAAUGCCACCAUUUUUCCUCACAAUGUGGGUCUUGGUGUCACAAGAGAUCCUGAACUUGUUAAGAAGAUUGGAGCAGCCACUGCACUAGAAGUUAGAGCAGCCGGGAUCCCCUAUGCUUUCGCCCCGUGUAUCGCGGUGUGUAGGGAUCCGAGAUGGGGACGAUGCUACGAGAGCUACAGCGAAGACCAUACCAUCGUACAAAAGAUGACUGAAAUCAUUCCAGGUUUACAAGGAGAUAUUCCUGCCAACUAUCCUAAGGAUUUCCCUUAUGUUAGCAAAGGAAAGACUAAGGUAGCGGGUUGUGCCAAGCAUUUUGUGGGUGACGGUGGCACGACAAAAGGAAUCAAUGAAAACAACACAGUGAUCUCUUACAAGGGACUUCUUGACAUUCACAUGCCAGCAUACCUUAACUCCAUUAGGCACGGUGUUGCAACCGUUAUGGUGUCGUACUCUAGCUGGAACGGCGUUAAGAUGCAUGCUAAUCGCAAACUUGUCACCGGUAUCCUCAAGAAAAAACUCAAGUUCAAGGGAUUUGUGAUAUCAGAUUGGGAAGGAAUUGACAGGAUCACUACUCCUCCUCAUGCCAACUAUACUUACUCCGUCCAAGCUGGAGUUCAAGCCGGGAUUGAUAUGGUGAUGGUUCCAAAUAACUACACAGAGUUUAUCGACGAUCUCAAGUCACUGGUGAACAAGAAAGUAAUCUCCAUGAAGAGGAUUGAUGAUGCUGUCAGGAGGAUCCUAAGGGUGAAAUUUAUCAUGGGAUUGUUUGAAAACCCAAUGGCAGACCUCAGCCUUGCCAAUGAAGUUGGCAGUCAGAAGCACAGGGAUUUGGCACGAGAAGCAGUGAGAAAGACCCUUGUUCUUUUGAAGAACGGUAAAUCUGCUCACAAGCCGUUACUUCCACUUCCUAAAAAGGCACCAAAGAUACUUGUUGCCGGAACCCAUGCUGAUAACUUGGGCUACCAAUGUGGUGGAUGGACAAUCGAAUGGCAAGGUGCUAGUGGCAAUGACCUUACCAGAGGUACAACAAUAUUGGCUUCUGUGAAGAGCGCUGUUGAUCCUUCUACCCAAGUAGUUUUCAAUGAAAACCCAGACGCAAACUUUGUCAAGUCAGGUGGAUUCUCGUAUGCCAUUAUAGUUGUAGGAGAGCCACCCUAUGCCGAAACAAAUGGUGACAGCCUGAACUUGACAAUUCCUGAGCCAGGGCCUAGCACAAUAAAGAAUGUUUGUGGAAGUAUCAAAUGUGUGGUGGUUGUCAUCUCAGGCAGGCCUGUUGUUAUUAAACCUUACUUGGAAACUAUUGAUGCCCUCGUUGCUGCGUGGUUGCCAGGAACUGAAGGGCAGGGUGUUACUGAUGUGCUCUUUGGUGACUUUGGAUUCACUGGCAAGCUUGCGCGAACAUGGUUCAAGUCAGUUGAUCAGUUGCCCAUGAAUGUGGGUGACCGACAUUACGACCCACUGUUUCCAUUUGGUUUCGGGCUUACUACGAAAGCUACCAAAGGAUACUAAAAUUUUAAUAUGUAAUUAGUAGUGGUAGUUGCAUUCAUUUGACUUCUUAGUGCGAAAAAAAAACCCAUAUUCAUGGUUGGGCAUACAACUGAUACAAGUGAUCAGUCGGAAUUCUUGUAAUCAUGAUAUUAUUGAAUUAUUAAUUUUAUCAAAAUUAUUAAUUCAUUUA